UUUGCGUAAUAAAUUUAAGCCAUAUUUUCUUCAGCUGGACCAAACAUCCUUGGGAAUGCCUGAUCGGACAUACUUAGUGAAUGGUCUGAGCGACUCUGGAACCAAAGCUUAUUAUAAUUUGAUGGUCAAAGCUGCUAAAAAAUUGGGAGCUAAUGAAGAAACAGUUGAGAAAGAAUUAUUGGAGGCUUUGAAUUUUGAGAUAACUUUAGCAAAUUAUUCCUUGCCAAGAGAGGAAAGAAGAGAUUAUGAUAGUAUGUACCACAAAUAUACUAUUUCUCAAUUACGAGAACUGGUUCCACAGAUUGAUUGGCUCAAAUAUUUGAAUGGACUUCUGAAUGAUCCUAUUACUGAAACUGAAACCUUGGUUGUAAUGGUUCCGAACUUUCUGAAGCAAUUUGGAGAGCUCAUUGCAAAAACAGAUAAAAGAAUCGUUGCAAACUAUAUGAUGUGGAGAGUUGUUGCAGAUUCCGCAGGAAUGUUGUCGAAAGAUUGGAAAGCUCUGGUGCAAGAAUACGUUUUAGCAAUCACAGGGGAACGCGAAGAAAAACCCCGGUGGGAACAAUGCGUGAACUCCUUAAGUGAAAAUCUUGAAAUAGCUUUAAGUUCAUAUUACAUAAAGCAUUAUUUCAAAGGCGACAGCAAACAAAAGGCUUCGGAGAUGGUGAAAUAUAUUAGCAAUGCAUUUUUAGAGAUUCUCAAACAAAUUGAUUGGAUGGAUGAAGAAACCAGGAGACAAGCUAUAGAGAAG